CUGGUGUCUGCAGGGGGGAAUCGAACCGGCCAACACUGUACAACAGCGGCAGUUUGAAGAUGGCGGAGGGUGAAUUGAACGUGGACAGCCUCAUCUCUCGUCUUCUGGAAGUGCGGGGAUGUCGCCCGGGGAAGAUUGUCCAGAUGACGGAGGCUGAGGUGCGGGGCCUCUGCAUUAAAUCGAGGGAGAUCUUCCUCAGCCAGCCCAUCUUACUGGAGCUCGAGGCCCCUCUGAAGAUCUGUGGUGAUAUCCACGGGCAGUACACAGAUCUGCUGAGGCUCUUUGAGUACGGAGGCUUCCCUCCAGAGGCAAACUACCUUUUCUUGGGAGACUAUGUGGACAGAGGGAAACAGUCACUGGAAACCAUCUGCCUCCUGUUGGCCUACAAGAUCAAAUACCCAGAGAACUUCUUCCUGCUCAGGGGAAACCACGAGUGUGCUUCCAUUAACCGCAUCUACGGCUUCUACGACGAGUGUAAGCGCAGGUUCAACAUCAAGUUGUGGAAGACCUUCACUGACUGCUUUAACUGCCUCCCCAUCGCUGCUAUCAUUGAUGAGAAGAUCUUCUGCUGCCAUGGAGGGCUAUCGCCUGAUUUGCAGUCGAUGGAGCAGAUUCGCAGGAUCAUGAGGCCAACAGAUGUGCCUGAUACAGGCCUGCUGUGUGACCUCCUGUGGUCGGACCCCGAUAAGGAUGUACAAGGCUGGGGAGAGAACGACCGUGGGGUCUCCUUCACCUUCGGGGCAGAUGUUGUCAGCAAGUUCCUAAACCGCCACGACCUGGACCUCAUCUGCAGAGCCCACCAGGUUGUGGAGGAUGGAUACGAGUUCUUUGCCAAACGCCAACUGGUCACACUUUUCUCUGCUCCAAACUACUGCGGGGAGUUCGACAAUGCAGGCGGCAUGAUGAGUGUUGAUGAAUCCCUCAUGUGCUCCUUCCAGAUCCUAAAGCCCUCGGAGAAGAAGGCAAAGUACCAGUAUGGUGGUGUAAAUUCUGGCCGGCCUGUCACCCCACCCCGCACCACCCAAGCCCCAAAGAAGAGGUGAACGUACAGCCUUCCCUCUCCCCCCUCCUCUCCCCUUCUCACCCUGUCCAUCCUGGCAACCCCUGUAACUCCCCUGUAAAGCGAAGACACAGGGCUUAUCUAAUUGCCCAAAUCUUUCUCCCCCUUUCUCCCUUAUUCCACCGCCCUUUCCCCAACUCCACUGACAGCUCUUUUCUUAAUGUGUCUGUGUACAUAAAUUUGCUGUGACCAAUCUGUUUUAAUUUUUUUUGCCUGUUUGUUGGAAUUUUUGAUAUUAUUAACGGAUGAUUUGUCGUUUUACUUCCAACGCUAUCUGAGGUUUUUCAAGGUUCUGUGUCGUGUAAGGAAAGGCCUUCUGUAUAAAGAGGCAAAGCGACUGAGUUAGAGGAAUUCAAACUAGAGAUUGAACUUUUUGGUUUUGUUUUUGUUGCCUUGACCUCUCAGAAAGUAGAGAGUUUCUUCCAGUGUAUUCCAAUGAGACUGAGGUUUCCCUGCAGUGCCCAAUCCACGGACAACAAAUAACUUUUCUCAUGUUCAGCAGUUGAAACGCAAUGCAGCAUGUGUGGUGAACCUUUCGGUUUGUGGUGCACUUUUUUGUCUAUAUUUAACCAUUUGGAAAAGUGCUCCUCCCCAUGAGUAGCAAAGAAUGUGAAGAGACUGGCGUGAAUGAAAUGUAGAGGCUAAAUCAGAUGCUGCUGGCAGUGGACACGCUCUACCCGACAACACAACGCCCUCUGGGCAUCGAUUCCUCCCCUCUGUUAUGCCUCCCUGUGCCUCGACUCCACACCCACACAAACACAUGCCACUUUGCACACAGGGCUGGUAUUGACAGUUUUUUCACUGGGUCUGUUUAUUAUUAGUUCUCAUCAAGAAAAUUUCAGCCACAUAAUCUCGAAUUUGUAGUGACAGUUCCAGAGAGAUGCUUUUUUUCAUUUUGUGCCAGUGGAAAGAAAAAAAAUCCAUGCUCAGGCAAUUAACUGGUACCAAUGGUCAGUUAUUUACCUGCACACAAAAUCACAUUCAUGGUGUACUAAAAGUGCUUACAAAAUAACCGUUUACUUGUCUCUGGAUAAAAAAAAAAUUCAAUAAAAAAGGAAUGAACAUAUUUAACAGCACAUGUUGCAGUUUUUUCAAGUGUGUAACUUAUCUGAGUGUGUACAGUGUGAAGAGACCAAAUAUUUAAAAUAAACAAAAUGCAACCUUCAAAAUUGCUCCACAUAAAUGCCAGCUUUACUUCUUUCGCAUCACCAAACCUCUUCACUGUAAGAAGGCUGGUGGAGUCAGGAGUGUGUGGCAGGACCAGGCAGUUUUCCUAUGUGAUAGUGAUGCCACCUGGUGGUUAAAAAGAGUAAUGCAGAAUUCAAACCAGAGAGCUCAUGAUGGGCUCUUCAGUUUGACUGUUCGACUAACCAGCGACUAGCCUGGUUGACGGCUUUAACAAGAUGCAGUUGAUCCUUUGCGGACAACAGUUGCCUCUUUUUUUUCUUCUUUACUGCUUUUUGUGGAAUUUUUUUUUUCUGUUGUAUUUCUUUGUUCUCUAUUCACAUUGUUUACUUUUUAUUCACUUAAUUUAUUUCCUAAUAAUGAUGACAAUAAUAAGAAGGAAACAAAGCGGUGUUACCAAAAGCUGUUUUGCAAUUUGUACAAGUUUGUUGGAAAGUCUACAAAUUCAAUAAAAUGGAUGGAAACCAAA